UCCGUUGGUCCGUUUGGGGCAACAAACGUAUGUGGACGCGUUUAUUGUUUAUCCGUUACGAGUACCAAAAAUUAACUAAGGGAAAUGUGCUAAUAUAAUUAAGUUUAAGAGCAACUUAAUUAUAUUAACCUCAUCAAAGAUAUAUUGUGGGAUAAAAUGGAUAAUUUAAGUAAAGAAGUUCAUAAAUUUAAAAUUAAAAGAAAACAACAAUAUAAUAAGUGUAUGUCAAAAAUGAAGGAACUAAUCGUAAUCUUAAAAGAGAAGUUCCCAAAUAACGAGAUCAAAAACGAAAACAAUGACUUAAUAUCAUUGUUGCCCGAUUUCCCAUUAUUAUCUAUAAAAGAAUUUUGGAAAUUUAAUAAUAGAUUAAAAAACGAUGAAGCAAUUCGUAAAUUAUUUAAUCAAACUAUUAUGCAAAUAGGUGGUGAUACAAGCCAAAAAAUAAUCUCCAAUAUCUUGACACAUACAAUGGCAUAUGAAUUAGGGCACAAAAUGUCUUGGACCGGUGCCAAAGGAUCGGUUGCUAUUAAAGAUACUCUGUUUAUUCACAUUAUAAAUAGUGUAGUUAAUGCCAAAGAUAAUGGAAAAAUCAAUAGUAUUGCAGAGAUUAAGAAACACAUUACAAGAUGGUUUCAACACGUUAGUGAUAAAAUGCGAUAUUACUUAAAAAAACAAGCCAACAAUUUAUAACAUAUGAUUAAUAUUUUUAUAUACAGAUUUUUAUCUUUUUUUGUUUAUUGUACAGUGUUACUGUUAUGUGAUAAAAUGCGGUAUUAUUAAAAAAAAGCACAAUAACUAUGACAUGACUAAUAUUUUUAUAUAAUAUUUUUAUAUAUGUGUGUAUUUUUUUGUUUAUUGUGCAAUGUUACUGUGAUGUAUGUACUGUUAUGUAUUCUACGAUAGUACAAUAAGUAUUUCAAAAAAUGACAAUAAUUCUGACUGAGUAAUAUUUUAAGAUAUACUCAUUUUUAUUUUUAGUUCAUUGCGCAAUAUUAAUUUUAUACGCUAUAUUUAUAUGUGAAAGUUCAAUUAUGUAUUUAUAAAAACCGAGUCAAUAAUUCUAAGUAACAUUUUGAUAUAUAAAUAUAUUUUUGGUUUAUCCAGUUUAUUGAUUUAAAAUAUGUAUAAUGAAUUCUAUUAAAAUUAUAUUUACAA